AACCACGAUACGCGGUCCAAAUCACCUCCAAUAAAAGCCGUCCCUCCUAUGUAGUUUUUUUCAAACAUGCCCUUUCACUCUUCUCGAAUAUCUUUUCUUGAUCUUUAAAUCCCUUUUUCUCUUAUUUGAAUCCAAAAACUGGGUUUUGCUUGUUAAAGUUUGAGUCUUUUUUAACUUUUUGUUGAUCUUGUAGUGCAAGUUUCUGCCGAAAGAUUUCUUGAUUCCUAGCAAUUCUCGUACCUUGUUGGAAGUGGUUUUUUGCCUUGUUUAUCACAGUAUGUGUCUAGGGUUCUUAGUUUCAGAAAGGAAAAUAGAAAAAACCUUGAAAGUUUUGUUCUUUCUUAACUGCAAUUGGGUCUUUAUUAUCUUCUGUUUCUGUUUGAAUUUCUGUUCCCAGUUCCAAGAUUUUCUCGAAAACUUUCUUUAAAGCUAAGAAAUGCCAGCCAGUCGAGAAGGUUGAGCAGCAUCAUUCCCAGGCUUUGGAUUUUCAAGUUUGAACAGACGGCACGAUCAGGUUGACUCCAUGGAUACUUCUCGCCAAGUAAUUGAAUUGGAAUCAUUUCAAAAACAAGUGGCUGAAAGGUUUAACGAUCUGGCUGCCGUAGAUUCCGAUGAAUUGCUCUCAGUUGCGUGGAUUCGCAAGCUUUUGGAUGCAUACCUCUGCUGCCAAGAAGAAUUUAGACUAAUUGUGUUCAAGAACAAGGAUUUCUUGAAUAGAAACCCAAUGGCUAGAUACAUUUCAGAGUUUUUUGAAAGGAGUGUUAAGGCUUUAGAUGUCUGCAAUGCGACUAGGGAUGGGAUUGAUAAGAUUAGGCAAUGGCAGGUGCAACUGGAGAUUGUUUUGUGCGCACUGGACAAUCAGAGGAGCCUUGGGGAAGGCCAAAUUCGACGCGCUAAAAAGGCCUUGAUUGAUUUGGCUAUUGGAAUGCUUGAUGAGAAAGAAUCAAAUUCGAUUCUGGGGCGUAGAAAUAAGUCAUUUGGACGCAACGUGAUGAGGGAGAAUAAAUCUGUAGGCCAUGCUAGAUCACUCUCGUGGAGUGUUUCGCCUUCUUGGUCUGCUGCUAGGCAGUUGCAAGCAAUUGGGAAUAACUUGGUUGCUCCUCGGGCCAAUGAGAUUUUAGCCACCAAUGGACUAAAUGUGGAUAAAGCAAGCCUGGUUAAUUUUACUCGUAGAAAUUGCAGCUCUGAAAUUACUGAUGUAUCAUUGAUUGAAUCGAGUCUGUUUUGCUUCUUUAAUAAAGGCAGCACACUAUACAAUGACAAACUAACUCUUCUUCACAAUACAGUACAAAGAUGCAAAUCAGUGGUCGACUCUAUAGGGAUGGUCGACUUCCUGGCAUGCCGUGCUGGUCGUCCUGAUUUGAGUGGCUUGAGACAUUUUAACGCUUUUAUUUUAUGUCUUUAA